AUGGGAUAUAAGAUAUAUUCUAACUCUGACUUAGUUCAAACAGUAACAUGGGCAAACUAUGAAUGGUUCGCUUUAAGAAACUCAGUACAACCACAAGCUAGAGAACAAACAGACCAGUAUGCAACUAUUGAGAAAAUAAGAAGACUUGACCCUAACGUUCCAGGAGUUUAUGUUAACCUUUCUGGACAAACUGCAGCAGCAGUAACCAAAGUAAAACUGAAACUUAGAGUUCCUUUGUCAUCUUUCCUCAUCUUCAGGUUUUUAAGAUACUUGCCAAACUGGGCAGGAAAAAUUUCUAUCGAACUUACUCCAAGCAAAAAUAACUUAGUCAUUGCACCAACACAAGACCCAUUCACUAUUACAGACGUAAAGGGAACAAAUCAAACAUCAUUCGCCGAAUUUUGCAAAAACAAAGUUGACUUAG